ACGUUUUGCAGCGGACGACUUUUUUUGUUGUUUAUUUCGUUGGCGAAAUUUUUGUUUUUAAAAUUAAUUAAUUAUUUUCGAUACGAAAAGAAUGUCCGAUGAUGACGAUAUACAGUACGUGAAGCGGCAACGUACCUUACACUAUGGCUCGCUGGAGGAAACUGAGCGGAAGCGCCAAAACCAAAGCACACCCUCGUCUGGGACGCCGGCUGCAACAACAACAACACCAACACCAACAGGCCAGCUAGAAGACAUAGAAUCAGAUGAGGACUAUGAGGAGUCGAGCAAAAAGGCUAAUAGCACAAAACCUGCAGCGCCAACACCAACGGCAGCAGCGCUGGCCAAUAAAAUCGAUGAUGACUAUUUCGAUUUGGAGAAUGAAAUGGAGCGCGACAAAGUGGCGCUGCUGGAGGAGUUUGAGCGCAAAAAGCGAGCGCGACAGAUCAAUGUGUCUACAGACGAUGCAGAGAUUAAGAACAAUCUGAGACAGCUCAACGAGCCUAUCUGCUUCUUUGGCGAAGGUCCGGCAGAGCGGCGCAGACGCCUUAAGGAGCUGCUCGCCGGCCUCGGUGAGAAUGCCAUCAAGCAAAAGCAGAAUGAAGAAGAGGAGCGUAAGCUGCAGCAGCGCGAGCAGGAGGCUACUUGGUAUCAUGAAGGCCCAGAUACGCUGCGUGUGGCGCGUCUCUGGAUAGCAGACUACUCGUUGCCUCGAGCGUGGCAGCGCUUGGAACGUGCACGCGAAGCGCUGGAUUUACCUAGUGCCACACGUGCUGGACGCAUGGUAGAGUUGCAAAAGAAACUGCAAUCGUUGGCACCACUCUGCUCGCAGGUGGGUGACACGCGUCCUGUGAGUAGCGCUGCCUUCAGUACAGAUUCUAAGCUUCUCUUGACCGCUUCUUGGUCAGGUCUAUGCAAACUUUGGAGUGUGCCCGACUGUGAAUUACAACAGACGCUGCGUGGACAUGCCAGCUAUGUAGGAGGCGUGGCAUUGCGUCCUGAUGUCAAGCAGGAUGAAAAGAAUGUUGUGGCCAUGGCUACGGGCGGUCACGAUGGCGCUGUCAAGCUCUGGGGCUUUGGCAAUGAGGAAUCUAUAGCAGAUAUAACCGGACACAUGCCACAUCGUGUCUCUAAGCUGGAGUUUCACCCUUCCGGCCGUUUUCUGGCCACCGCCUGCUAUGACUCCAGCUGGCGACUGUGGGAUCUGGAGCAAAAGACUGAGGUGCUGCAUCAGGAAGGUCAUGCCAAGCCUGUACAUUGCCUUAGCUAUCAAUCUGAUGGCAGCGUCUUGGUCACAGGUGGUCUGGAUGCCUUUGGACGUGUCUGGGAUCUGCGCACGGGACGCUGUGUCAUGUUUUUGGAAGGUCAUUUGGGCGCUAUUUUCGGUGCUGACUUCUCACCCAAUGGCUUUCAUAUAGCCACCGGCUCCCAGGAUAAUACAUGUAAGAUCUGGGAUUUGCGAAGGCGCCAACCUGUCUAUACCAUACCAGCACAUACCAAUCUCAUAUCGGACGUGCGCUAUCAGCAGGAUGGCGGCAGCUUUCUAGUUACCUGCUCAUAUGACUGCACGACCAAGAUUUGGUCCAACAAAACGUGGCAGCCACUAAAGACGCUGACAGGACACGAUAACAAGGUCAUUGCAGUGGAUGUCUCAGCCAAUUCGCAGUAUAUAGCAACCACAUCAUUUGAUCGCACCUUCAAGCUCUGGGCGCCCGAUAGCUGAUUUUAUAUUACUAAACUAUUUAAACCACAUUUACUAACUUUUUAUCUAUUGCCAAUUACUGUUUUUCCGUUACAAUAGCCCAAGACCAAGUUUUCUUUAUGCAGUUUGGACUCUCACAUGUCUCUAGACAACACAAUUUGUUAAUCUUUAGUUAAGCGAAACAAUGCAUUUCGUAUUAUUAAGCAUUUUGUAUAGAAAUUGUUAAUAA